GCCUUGGGCCCGUCAGAUUUGCCCUUCUGCUACAGUAGUAGCACAGUGGUAAUCUCGCCGGCAAACCCAACGUACGGUACAGCGGAGCGUGCAUGUCCGCUACACAAAGGCCGGCAUUCGCUAUCAGCCAACCAACCAAACUCAUCCAGCUACUAACUAGCCAGCACACUGCUCACCCACCUCUUCCCUUUCCCCAUCUCUCAUCCAACAGGCACUCAGUCCCAGCCACGACCCAAGCAAAUCCAACGAACCAAUGCAACCUGCAAUCACUCACUGGCGGCCCAACAAGAACACUCUCCAGCGCCCUACAUUGCGCCAUCUGUCCCAUCUGCAACACACCCCAACCACUCCCACCGUCCCUGCAUCCCCCCAGUUUCCCGCAAAAAACGUCACCGUACAUGACUGGCUUGGCUCCAAAGCAAGAUUCCAUGCAGUAGUCCUGGCCUAAGGUCCUCACUGCAAAACACAAAAGUCUCCCGAGUCCUUUAGCACACAAAAAAACACAAACUUGUUGACCGCCCUUGAGACCGACGGCGUGACUGGGGGUGCUCGU